CUGCCACGCGCCUUUUCCACUGCGGCCACCGCCACCGAGCCCAUUCCAGAGGCCACAUUUACAAGUUUCUCCCUAUCUCUUCCCCAUUCCGCUUUCUUCCUUCAGCAUCAGGUUUCCCGAUUUCAGCCAUUUCAUUGCCGGGAGAAAGAACCCAGUUCCCGAUAACAGUCAUGGGGCUUCUUUCCAACAGAGUCAAUCGGGAGAGCUUGAAGCCUGGUGAUCAUGUUUACUCUUGGAGAGCUGCUUAUAUUUAUGCCCAUCAUGGCAUCUAUGUUGGAGAUGACAGAGUUAUUCAUUUUACUCGAAGAGGUCAAGAAGUAGGAACCGGGACUGUGCUUGAUGUCUUACUGGUAAGUUCGGGACCUGCCCGGUCCUUCGUGCCAUGCCCGACUUGCAUUGCGCUGGAAGAAGGGAAUGGGGUUGUCUCCUCAUGCUUGAACUGUUUUCUUGCUGGAGGAGUGUUGUAUCGUUUUGAGUAUGGUGUUAAACCUGCUCUCUUUCUCGCCAAAGCUCGAGGUGGAACUUGCACCCUUGCUAGGGCCGACCCCGACGAUCUUGUAGUCCAUCGAGCGAAAUACCUACUCGACAACGGCUUUGGAUGCUACAAUGUAUUCAAAAACAACUGUGAAGACUUUGCAAUAUUCUGCAAAACUGGGCUUCUUGUGGUUGAUCAGAGGACCAUGGGGCAAAGUGGGCAAGCUGUUUCGAUUGUCGGAGGCCCUCUGGCAGCGGUUCUCUCGACACCACUGCGUCUCGUGACGACCAACGUCUAUGGAAUGGCAGCAACAGCGGUCGGGGUGUACUGUGCCAGUAGAUAUGCUGCUGAUAUUGGGAUGAGGAAGGAUGUGAUGAAGAUACCUGUGGAGGAGUUGACAAGAAGGCUGGCUACCGGCCUUAUCCAGGUGGUCGAACCGCAGAUUUUACCGGUACCACCGCCGGAGGGUCGCCUGCUUACAGGCAGAUAAAUUACACCACCAUUUAUUGUUCUUGUCUGGUUAAAACUGUUGUAAAAUGUAACUCUUACAAACAGAAGAUUUGUGACUAUUUAAGAACUUUAAUAUUUGUGUUA